CCCGCUUGCCGUAGCUGCAGCUGACUACGUUGGCAACAUGGCUACCACUGAUGUCCACGUCCGAAUAUGUGAGCAAGAAAUUCUCAAAUAUGACUUGGAAAUCAAAGCUCUCAUUCAGGUGAGGACAUUUUGGUGUUCAGUUUGAUCAUUGUUGUUCGUGUUCUGAGGUUGUCAGUUAAAAUCGUGCUUUUGCUCAGUGUUGUGUUCAUGCCGCACGAGUGUUUUCAGCUACGAGUCAGCUGGUGUAUCGACACUGCUUUCAAACUGAGCUACGACUAAUGCAGAGAAUCCACAGGAUGCGUAAUAAAGACACCUGAAGCGUAAAAUCACUGGAAACGCCGGUCUCAGUGUAAAAUUUACUGCUAACAGUGUUCAGAUAUGUAAAGAGAUUAAAACUAAAAUGAAAGUGAAAUUAAAGAGGAGUAGUACAAACCUGUAUUAUAAUCCAAACCUGUUUUUAUCAUGUGAAGAUUUCCCUUUCUCUGUCUUUAUUAACAGUUUUUUUUUAAAUCCAUGCAGGAUAAACGUUUCAUCUAGUAUAGGAAAUAGCUCACAUUAAAAAAAUAAAUAAAUAAAGUUUAAUGUCCCAGGCAAAUUAAAAAUAAUAAUACAACAUAAAGCACAAUACAGGGAAGGAUAAUGUAAGUUGCAAAAACAAACAAUAAUAGAGAGAUAACAGGCAGAUCAGUUGACAGAGAGUAGAAUUAUCGCAGACACAGAGCUGCUUUACUUAUUAAUGUCUUAAGUGGCCUAACUGACAGGUUAUCCAGCUUCAGAGCAUAAUGCACCUUAAGUGAGGUAAGUGCUAGUUCAGAAUUGAACUUUAUCAUCAAAGUGUUUUUUUUUGCACUUGCAAAAACAAAAACAAAGGGUCAUAUCUGUAUUUAUAUUUAUAUAUAUGCAUAUAUACAUAUAUAUUUAUUUUAUUUUUUCUUUCUUAGUUUCAUUUAUUUAGUUUUUGUUUUGUCCCUUUGCUUUGUUGCAUUAUUCCUUUUAUUAGUAAGUUUUAUUAUUUUUAAAUGUAAUCUGUUUUAACUCCUCAAAACAAGCACUCAUACACACACACACACACAAAGUUAAACUGUCAUCCUACCUUGUGUCUGUCUUGUCUUGUCUCCCCCAUCUGUUUGUUAGUUUUUUGUCCCUCACCUGUCAUGUUCCGUUUUGCAUCACUUAAAAAUAUUUUUUUUAAAAAGUGUUUUUUUUUUUUUUGCUUUUACAAAUAUUGCUACAUAUUGACGGUAACUUCACACAUUACUUCGUGCAUGUGACUCACAAAGUAGGCCUAUGCUCAAAUCUGACUAGGACAUCAAUGAGUGUGAAGGCCCAGUGAGCAAGCUGACAGAGCUGAACGCGGACGUGAAAAAGAGUUUUCACAGUCUUAGGCAGCGCAUCCAGGUAAGAAACAUUUUGGCGAAUGUGCACCCAUCACUGCUUAUUGAGGCUGAUUGCUCUUGAAAACCUUUGUGUUGGAUUAUUUCUUUCACAGGAUUUGGAGCAGAUGGCGAUGGAGCAAGACAAAGAGUCAGACAAGCAGGCUUUGAUGAGUCAAGUAGAAGGGCACAGAAAACAGAUGCUGAGGUAAUCAGAUUUAAGUAUACAGUUAUCUGACCUUUAUAUAUGCUGUCUGUAGUUUGGUUUUUCACAUGGCGAUGUUGAGGAAGCUGCCAGUGCUGCAGAGGAAGCAUGGGAAAAUUCUGCUGCUGCUUUCUGAAAACAUAAUUUGAUGUUUUGUUUUGAAAUCAUUCUUCAGUAAUCAGACAGUUUGGAGGAAAGCCAACCUGUCCAGCAAACUGUCCAUAGACAACAUGGAAAAGAAGGCUCUUCUGAAUGGAACAGACAGCGCUGCAAGGCAGAGGUCAGCUGACAGUGUGCUAAAUAUAAGUAAAUGAGACUCAUUGAAGGAUCAGUUCAUGAUGAGCAUUUUGAAAAAAGUUUUCUUACUGCUGCUGCUGUGAAUGUUUAUUCAAACGUAAGACAUCUUUGUAGUCGAUUCAGAUUUCACUUAUUGUCUCUAUAGGAAGAUGACUAAAGAGAACCUUGCUCAGACAACCAGUAACAUCACAGAGAACCUCAUGAGCAUCAGCCGAAUGAUGGCGCAGCAGGUUCAGCAGAGCGAGGAGACUAUCACGACGCUUGGUUAGUGAAGGAAGUGGGUUAUGUAAAAAGAGUGUUGACUUUUUAAACAAGGAGUAUAUGCCAGGUUGCCAUACUGCAAGUUAUUUCAAAACUGUUCGGCUACCUUUAUUCAAAGAGGUUUAAUUGAUUAUUAUUAUUAUUUUUUUUUCGGUUUAAAGCAACCUCUUCAAGGACAGUCCAAGAGACCAAUGAGGAAUUUAAGACCAUGACGGGGACCAUCCAGCUUGGGAGGAAACUCAUCACCAAGUACAACCGUCGAGAACUGACCGACAAACUGCUUAUCUUCCUGGCGCUUGCCCUCUUCCUCGCCACCGUCCUCUACAUCCUCAAGAAGAGACUGUUCCCCUUCCUGUAGACCAGGUACCCUCUGAAGACUCUCCCUGUUCUUCGUACAGUGCUUUCCAUUGUCAGCUCGAAUGAUUCAAACCACACUGAAUCAGCUCAGAGGAAUGUGGACGGCUCAAUGAUGAAGUGGAAUACCUACUGAGGGUCAAAUAUUUCCCAGAAAGAGUACGAUAAAUGCACACACUUAUCGCUUCAAAUUGUGUUUAAUUUAUUAUAAAAGAUUUUUUAUUGCUAAUGCAAAACAAAUAGUUCAUUGUGUGACAGUAAUGCUGUGCAUUACUCUUAAUGAAGUCAGUUAAGGGAAGAAAUAGAUGACCCAUAUUAAUCUUUUCUUUUCUACAUUCCUUUCAGUGGAAGUUGUUCUCAGAUAUCUAUAAUAAUGGCUCCAAGUUUUAUUCAGACUUUUCCAAAAUUGCAAAAAAAUAUAUUGUCAACAGUAAAGCUCACAUUCAUGAAAAGGGAGCUAGUCAUUUCUUAGACAAAAAUAAUGUAGAAAGAAUAUAUGUUAAAAUUUAUAAGAACUGACUUAGUGUCUGUUUUUCUUUUUAGUUGAUGAGGCUUUUAUUGGCAGUCAUGACUUUAAAAAAAUACUCUUUUGACCCGAUAUCAGACUUUUUUUUUUACAUUGAAAUCUGUUUGAAAAAAGUUGAAUCAUCUUAUAUAAAGUGUUUUGACAUAUCAAAAUUCAUCCCAUUAGAUAUGGGCCACAUAUCUGUAUAGGAAGUGUGCCCUUCGUGACUGAGGCCAGCUCCUACUCACCCCUGGUGCCUGGGGUGAUUAAAAAACAGGAAAGAUACAGUGAUAAGAAAAAAUGCUAAUGAGUUUGAAAAGUUAACUAAAAAAUGAGGCAGAGUUAUGCCUUUUAAUAAAAUGGUUAUCGGUGCAGCAGAGGUGUGAAACAAUUUUUAAACAGCCAAGAAAUUUAAGUCACAGCGUGCAAUGUAUGAAGACGGCAAGUCCAAAAAAAACCAUCUGAGAAUGCCGGUGAGUGCGUCACUGAAAGACGAGUUAAAAGUAUGCCAAUUACCAGAGCCGUCAUCCGUCCAAAAGACUGCUGUUUAUUUUAAUUUUAUGCUAUUAAAAUAGGAAAGCUUUGUCCUAAACUUAAUAGUUCAGUUGUGCAAUUUUUGUGUACUAUACAUAGCCAUGUAUGUAAACAUAAAGGUAUAAUGACAGAAUCAUGAUGACUUACUAUGGCGACAGAGUACGGGAGAGGCUUUUAACUGUAACACAAUAAACCUCAGUCAUUUAGUUUUCACCUCACAAGCUAAAUAAUCAGAACAGUGCCUAUACUUCUAAAUGUGUGUCUCCACUUGUCCCAAUGUUUUAUUCACCAAGAAGAGCAUUAAAAGAGUUUGCACACACUAACUCAUAUCUGCCCGUGUGAGCCGGACUCUGGUCUGCAGCCGAGCAGAAAAGCUCAGUGGAGCAGUGGCAGCGAUCACACUGGCAGAGAUAGAGCAGCAUGCAUCCCUGCCUUUCUUCAGAUAAGACCCGGAAAAGCAGAUUAAUCCAACCCGUUUCUCUCUCUCUAUCCAGUGUGGGUGGAGGGUGAGGGGGGAUAUUUUUAGGUUUGUGUGGCAUUGUUAUCUGACGUUGCCUUUUCAACACCUCAGAGGAGAGAGGGGCCGGAGCAGAUACAUGACCUUGCUCCCCUUUCCGAAAUCGCUUUGCAUUACCAUUUUGUGAAAUGUAAUGUGUAAAUCCUGACAGUUUGGUGAUCAAUAAAGUCAAAGUGGACUAGAUUGAUGUUUGAAACACCUAUCAAA